ACUUAAUUUAUUAUGUAGCUAUUUGAACACGCUGCAGAUUUCCAAUCGCAGGACCAGUUGCGGGAGAGUCUGGGCGAACGUUGUGCAGUGCUCGUGUGCACUCUGGGAGGAACGCGGGCUGGAGGGCGCAGCGGGCAGAGGCGACACCGGUUCCCCCCAGAACGGGCGGCUGGGGCUUUGGCGCAGUCCAGUCCCGAGAGCCACCCGCAGCCGUCCGGGUGGCAGAGCGGCGAUGCAGGGGCACAGGAGCGCGGCUUCACAUGCGUGUCUAAAGAGAGGGGGAGGGAGAGGACAAGAAGGAGCAAGGAAAGGAAGAGAGGAAAGAAAGAAAAAGAAAUCAGGCUGGCAGAUGGGGAGAAGGGGAAAAGCGGGAGUCCGAUCGAGCAGAGGAGGCCCAAAGGGCUAGGAACAGUGGGGGAAGGAGAAAUGGGCGCAAACGAGGGAAAGGGACGGUGGCGGUGGAAGGGCCAGGAAGAGCCGGCGAGGGGAGGACCGGGCAAGAGGUGGAGGAAAAGACGGACCGAGGGGCGCGCGCGUUCCGUGAAGGCCCGACAGAGGUUCAAGCCGUUAACGCUCGAUCCCUCGCCAGGGUCGCUAGGUGCGAUGCAGAGGCCCACCCCCAGCACGCCGCGCCCUCGGCUCCCACCAAACAUUGUUUCUCGUCGCUGCAGACAGCGCGGCACUUUCCAGCAAGAAAUUUAGCUCCGCACUCAACAACGUCCUCUGCUUCAACGCCGCACCCCUGGGACUGUCUGUCCCCAGUUCGUGGCGCAGCGUGUUCUGAAGGCGCCGGGUGGCGCUGCCCGGACUGAGCCCGAAGCAUCCUUGGCCAGACUCGGGGCAGAGGACAGGCCUUGGAACCCGCAACCACGGCUGGGGGCGCACCGGGGCCCAGCAGGGCGACCUCCAGGCCUUGUGGCGGGACGCGCGCCGUCACCCGGACACAUGGCCGCAGCUCCCGCGGGCCCUCGAGCUGUCUCUCCGAGGGGAGAAGAAUGAUGAGCGUAAGGAGAUACGAGAAUAAACGAAAAUCGUACUAAAUGCAGGGGAGGGGCGGAGGGGAGGCAGGGUGCACGCGAACACUUUGGGAAUGAAGUUCCUCAAAGGCGCGAGGCGGGUCACGUCUAAUGUAAGGCUAUAAUUCGGUUUAUUACUACUUUUUUUCUAAGUGCCUCGUUAUUAGUUCUCCAGGCGUGGCUCUUCCCUUGGAGUCGAACCACUCGCCCAGGCGCGCGCGUUCACUUGCUUCGCGGCGACUCCGGCUCCAGGACAAGCAGCUCCACGGGGAGCCCGCCGCGAUCGAGACCGUGAGAUGUCACCAGCCACAAACUCGGUCUCGGCGAAGGCCAUCCGCAUGUAUAAUUCUUAAUACUCCUUACGGCCCCGCGCAAACCCAUUUCCAGACAAAAUCGCGAGGAACUGGCAGCACCGACAGUUUCUGCCGAGCUCGGGCGCGCGGGGAGCAUGCAGGCAGGACUGUCAGUCCGGGUGCUUAGGUUGGGUGGGGUCCCCUCGCCCAACAAUUUCAACUGAAAACAAAAGUUCGUUCAGCUACUAAUUGGAGAAGACUCAGAAGUUAGGCACCCAGGACGCAAAAGACAAAACACUUCAUGAACGCGUGUCCUCAGAGUCCCCGAACCCUGCGCGUCGCCAGGGACCUGGGGAAGGAACGCCGCGGUGCCCGAGUAUUCGGCGCCAGGAGCCACCAACCGGUCGGCGGCCCGAGGACCAGCCGCGCCGGCAGUCACGCUCCGCUGGUGCUCCUGGAGACGAAAAAAGUUUUAUAAACAGAGUUAAAGAAUUAAAAACACGUUUUUACUGACUCCUCUCUCUCUCUCUCUCUUUUUUUAGUUUACUGGUGGGAUAACGGACAGUGCUAGGGUCAUUGAUGGCUUGGGAUCUCCGUGGAACCAUUAAGUUCGCAAUCCCAGCGCACACUCCGGGUGCUGGAGCGUGCGGGCUGGGAGUGGGCUGAGAGCCUAAGGAACACGAGGGGAUGCCGUGGUCCUCGGGAAACGGCCUCCGGAAGUCCAGGUGGAGAGGGAAGAAGGCAACCAGAUGCUGGGGGUCGCCGAUUCUGGGGUCCGCAGUCUCGGGAGCCACGGCGAGGUCUCCACUUCUUUCUAGUAACAGAUCAGGACGUGCCGGCCGGCUGGGUGCUGGCGAUGGGAGCGGGACCGGGAGCGUAUCAUGCCCAGAGCGUCGGGCUCGGCGCGGGCAGCGGCCAGCUGAGGCCUGGCCGGCAGGCGGGGGCGGCGCGCGCUCCCCUCACCGCGCGCACACAUGGGCGCGCACACUGCACACACACCUGGAGCUCGUCCCGGGAGGGGGGCGGGGAGGAGAGCCAAAGCAAGUGUCUUAAAAUAGGCAGGCAGAAGAGCGCUAGACGCUGAGAGGCGGGAGGAGGCGAUCGCGAGCGGCAGGCACUAGGCGCGCAGGUCCGCGCCGGGUUGUACAGGCGGGCUGGGCGGGGUGGGCGCCGACGCCUCUCGGCGGCCAGCCCUCGGCGCAGCUCCGCACCCGGCCCCGCAGGAAGCGCGCGCUGAUUGACAGCUGCGAUGUCCCCAAAAGGCUCCGCGAAGAUGCUGAUCCGCGGGUGGGUCUAGACGCGCGGCCGGCGCGCCCGGUGCCGCCUCCCCUCCGCACGCCUCCUGAGCCCCGCCGCCUCCGGGCCGCGGAGGAGCCGGGCCGAGGCCCCCCGCCGGCGCGCCAGCCCCACGGCCCCGGCUGGCGGGAGCUCGCCCGGGCUCACCAUGCACUGCCACGCGGAGCUGAGGCUGAGCUCGCCCGGCCAACUCAAAGCAGCCAGGCGGCGCUACAAGACUUUCAUGAUCGACGAGAUCCUCUCCAAGGAGACCUGCGAUUACUUUGAGAAACUUUCCCUCUACUCCGUGUGCCCGUCGCUGGUCGUGCGACCCAAGCCCCUGCAUUCCUGUACGGGCCCCACUUCCCUCCGGGCAUAUCCUCUCCUCUCGGUGAUCACCCGACAGCCCACGGUCAUCUCCCAUCUGGUCCCCACCACCCCGGGAAUCGCCCAGGCUCUGUCCCGCCACCCGGCCACGGAAGCUUCCUCUGCGGAGGCCCCAGGCGAGAACCACGGCAGCAGCGAGUCUGAGACGGAGCAGCCCACGCCCCGGCAGAAAAAGCCCCGCCGGAGCCGCACCAUCUUCACCGAGCUACAGCUCAUGGGCCUGGAGAAGAAGUUCCAGAAGCAGAAGUACUUGUCCACCCCAGACAGGUUGGACUUGGCCCAGUCUCUGGGACUCACUCAACUGCAGGUGAAGACCUGGUACCAGAACCGCAGGAUGAAAUGGAAAAAAAUGGUUCUUAAAGGUGGACAGGAAGCACCCACAAAACCCAAAGGUCGUCCCAAAAAGAACUCCAUCCCUACAUCAGAAGAGAUCGAAGCUGAAGAGAAGCUGAACAGUCAGGUUCAGAGCCAGGAGCUCCGGGAGCCCUCCCAGGGCCUGGAGGGGCUCUGUGAUACGCAGGAACCAAAGGCAUGCGUUGUCCCCGUGGAGGUGGCCGAGUCCCCAGGCCAGGCCCAGGAGUUGCCAGUAACCUCUCCAGAACCCCCACCGUCAAGCUAAAAUAAAACUCUUGGUGGGGGGAAGGGGGAGACUGGGAAGAAGGGAAAGAGAGAGGGCAGGGAGACCAGGGAGAAGAAAGCUGCUGAGAGCCCGUGACCUGGGGGAGAAGACCACAGCCGGCUCCCUCCCUCCUGCCCAUGGCUCUCAGCUCCAGCUUUUGAGGAAGACUUGCUAGCCUUGGCCUGCUCUUCCUGAAAAGCUACCUAAGCCACACAAGCCCUUGACUAAGGGACACAGUGCCUUGGAACUGCCGGCCUCAGUUGGGGUGACGCCGUGGAGCUGUCCAGGUCUAAGCUCCCCCGGCAUGAUGGGGGACACUCCGACCAGCCUUGGAGCAGCUAGCCAUCAAAGCAGAGAGAGAUGGAGGAGUGGGCUGCAUGCCCAGGUUCCUUGCUGACUCAGCACUUAUUUCUGUAGUUUUAAAAGAGAAUUUAAUGUUUUUGAUUGUUGUUUUUUUUGGGGGGGAGGGGUGGUCGGUGAGGGUGGGCAAGUAAGAGCUGGGGGAAGGGAGUUUUGAGUUAAUAGAAUAAAGUUUGUUUGAAGACAUGUGUGCCUUUGUACCCAUUAUAAGGUAGUCAGGUGACCCAGGAACUGAUAAACCUUGUUUUUCUCGCUUGAUUCAGUUGCCAUCCCUGAAGCUGCAAUGCAGAUAUGUUAAGAUAACUUUUAUUUUUUAAUUAAAUAUAAAUCUUUCAAAAAGGA